UGUCCCCGGACUUUUCUUGAUUGCGGAGAUGAUGGUGCUGGACAAGGAGGACGGUGUGCCAAUGUUAUCUGUACAACCCAAAGGGAAGCAGAAGGGCUGUGCUGGCUGCAACCGGAAGAUCAAGGACCGGUACCUGCUGAAGGCUCUGGAUAAGUAUUGGCAUGAAGACUGUCUAAAGUGUGCCUGCUGUGACUGUCGUCUUGGAGAGGUUGGAUCAACUCUUUACACAAAAGCAAAUCUCAUUCUUUGCCGCAGAGAUUACCUGAGGCUCUUUGGUACCACCGGGAAUUGUGCUGCCUGCAGUAAACUGAUCCCUGCCUUUGAGAUGGUGAUGAGGGCCAGAGAUAAUGUUUACCAUUUGGACUGCUUUGCCUGUCAGCUCUGCAACCAGCGAUUCUGUGUGGGAGACAAAUUUUUCCUGAAGAACAACAUGAUCUUGUGUCAGAUGGACUAUGAGGAAGGGCAGCUGAACGGGAGCUUCGAGUCCCAGGUUCAAUAACAAACCCUGCUUCGCUGAAGCACUGUGGGAUGGGCGCUCGGCUGCCUGUCAGCUUGCCUGCAAUAUUUUUUUAAUUCUUGGUCCAGAGAGGACUAUACACAUUGUAGUACUUUUCCCCCCCAACACAAAGCAGUUACAAUUUUAGAUGUACAGUUGUGCCUGCUUAGCUGAGCACUGCAUUGCCUGUAUGUUUGUGAGUUUUUGGGGUCUGGGGGAGGGCUCUGUACAGUCUGUUUUCUGUAUAUAAACUGGAACAUUUAUUUUAUGAAAAAUGUAAUGCAAUUUUAUUACUGGUGUGAAUUAAAAAUUAUGAAUG